AUGGCACGCUCGAAGAGGAAGACCCUUGGACGCAUCACCGCGACCAAGACAGUCGCUGAUCGGCAUCAAAAAAACGCAAGACAACGCCUGGCGGACGCAGCUGUAGCUGCCUAUCGCAUGGCUGGUCUCGUGCACAAAAAUCAGCAGCCGACGACCGCACUCCAGAAAUUACUGGACGAUUCAUCGCCGCUCUUCGACAGUGCCUCAUUUCGCCUGAAACUCUUCCCUCGGGGUGCAAAUCGCAAGGGACGGCGGCCACCUCCAUCACUGUUCUGUACGGCCUAUGGCGUAACGCACGCUGAAUACCAUGCCGCUUGUACCCGCAGCGGGGCUCAAUCAAGCAAAACGCACAAUGGCCGGACGCUUUGUACUCCAGAAGAGCGAUCUCUGGUUGCUGAGUUUCUCGGCUCCAUGAGUGGCAUGAACUGCUCGCGUACACGCAAUGAUGCACUAGAGCUGAUCGAUGAGCUACUUGCGGUUCAGGCCGUGCGCGACCUCUUGGUACCGCCCGGGCUGACCCCGUACAUUGCUUCGACACCCGCCUCCACGUCUACACUGGCACCAGCCACGGCUGCGAGCUCCCCAACCGUGUCCUUCACCAAGGGCGAGCUCCCCAAGGCGUUGGCGGCCACCAAGGGUGUCACCGACCCCUAUGGUUGGUCUGGUGAGCUUCUUGCCUCCAUCUACCGCAUCAAGGAGCACUUCAGUCAGGUCUUGGGCCCACGCCAGGGUUCUACCAGCAACCCGACUGCUCCUCCUGAUGGAGACGCGCCUCAGUGCCCCACCACCGCCACUGGAGGUCCUCAGGUUGCCUUGAACAAGAUCUUUCACCACAUUGCCAACAACACCGUGCCCGAGUCGAUUCGACAUGCCCUUUGCUCCAUCAACUACACUAUCCUGGAGAAGGCCAAUGGCAAGUUUCGACCCGUGGGCACGGAUUCCAUCUUCAACAAGGUUGUCAACCGCGCUCUGCUCGAGCAACAGCAGCCACAUAUUGCCCACUUGCUACAGGCCAGUCCAGAGCUGGCCGUCGGAGUCAAGGACGGCAUUUCAGCAGCGGUUGGCAUGGCCUUUGGUGAGCUUCAAGCCUGUGAGUCUACCCCGGGCUGGACCAUGCUCUCCCUCGAUUUCAAGAGUGCCUUCAACUACACCGACCGAGCACGGCUGCACGAGAUUGUGGCCGACAAGCCCUCGCUCCUUUGCUCAAGUUGCUGCGGCAAUGCCUGCCGCCGCCACUGCCACAUCUUCAGCCCCUACGACCGAGGAUUUGUCAGCAUCGGUGCCCUCUGA